AUGGAGAACGGCAAGGUCGUUUGCCCUGACUGCUUGACGCAGGGCCGGCGAACACUCCUUACACCCAAGAAGGCCAAGAACGGGCCGCACAAGGAUCAGUGGUACGUUAAUUGCUUCAGCCAUUGCCAUGCCCCUAGGCCUGGUACUCCUCCUCGGCGAGGCACUUUCUGGUUCUUCUGGGCGCUAGGCAUCAAGCCGCCCGGAGUGCUGGGGGAUGGUCCAGUCGAGUCCGUUCCAAGCACACCCUCGUCCUCACCAGCUCAGCACCCUCUGGCCUCAACGUUGCUCUCGUCGGCAAGUUUGCUACAGCUCGACAAUAUCCCCCCUUCGUUCCCCGACUCUUCAGGUGGGCUACCAUCUCACACGUUCUCAAUCUCAGCUCCUGCAAUGGCUGGGCCUUCUUCACAGCCCUCCGACUGGGUGCUCCCAGCUCAUUCGUACCCUAUUCAACCUACCAACACCCUUCCUUCUUACUCGUUAUCAUUGACGCAGCCACCUCCCUACACGCAGCCUCCCUCUUUGCCUCAUCCUCCGCCGCUAUCUCAGCCUGCUCCCUUGCCUCAGUCUCAGCCCCCGCCUUACACUGCCAAAUGCGCCCACCCUGGAUGUAACAGGAGCACACCUUCGAAGGGUGUUCCCUGCCGGCGUACAAUGUGCAAAUUCCAUUGUAUCCUUGCGGGCGGGUGUCAGUCCACGAAGCACCAGCUAGAGCACCUGACUAGCCGGCAAAGGACUCGUCUCUCCAGCGAGAACCUUCCCCGCCCACAGGAUGUCUCUUCGUCCUCAGCAUCUGGACCCUCAGUCCCUCUCUCAGUCCCUAGUGUCGCCAGCGCGGUCUCUCCUCCUCGGGACCCUCUCUCGUUUACGGCGCUUGACGCUCCCAACGAGGACACGAUAGUGCUUGAUGCUCCCAACGAUGAUGCACCAGACCUGUUUGACCCCCCGCCGCUUGAUGACCACGAUGAUUACUCCUUCCUCGAUGCCACCAUCAUCCCAAUUCGCUCCGUUCCUCCCUCUAGUGGUAUCCUUGUUGACGUCUACACCCCUGAACACGAAGAGAACCGCCCUCAGCACACGGAUCACCUCAACAAGCUAUGGAGAAAGAACUGGGAGAACUCGCAUGAGGGACACGUUCGAUUCAGGUGCGAUGAGAAGGAGUAUCACAAUCGAACUCGGGCUGGCAAGCGCGAGUUUGACACAUAUUUCUGGGACAAGGAGGAUAGGUGCAUUCUACGAACACUACAGGACACCGGCGAUGAGCACUCUGAGGUGCCCUUCUUCCCUUUGUUUUCUAUGCAGGAAGACGCUCCUCGGUAUUCGCACUUGGCAGCCUUGCAAAAGCUCAGUGGCGAAGACCUCUCAGCGCUCGAGUACUGGGAUGGGAACACCAGUGUCUGGAAAGGCUGCAGUCAACGCCAUCGUUUCACGAUCAAGCCCAGCGGCUAUCUUUUCUUGCGUCGUGCCGGGCUCACUAGCUGCAAGAACUUCGAUGCUAUCAUGGAGGAGCGACAGAACACUCUCCCCACAAAUGCGAAGUUGGAUCUACCUCGACAACGUCAGCUUCGUCGUCAGGAUGCGAAGCAGGCAAAGCGUACGGCCCACCCAGAGUGGACGUCCUCGUCCUCGUCCUCAUCGUCUUCCUCUGCUGUCUUGACGUUCUCGAUCCCUACCGACAGCUCCAGCAAGCGACGCAAGCUCGACGAUCUCCCGCCGUCAAGUCAAGCAUCUUCAAGCGAGUCUAGCUCGGGCAUGUCCACGCGCGAUCCCUCGUCGUCCCCCAUAUGCGUUCACAAACUGCUCGCAGACAUUGCCGUCGACGCCGGCUACUCCAGGCGCAAUGAUUUCGGCACUAUCUCACCUACCAUCACACUAUCUGAUGACGACACCCCCUCCCCCACACCGUCGCUAGACCGCCCAUCACCUCGUCGACUUCCCGAGCCUCAGACUGUCACCCCUGGAGGAGGACGCUCGAAAAAACCGUGGCCCAAUGGUUGGCCUGCCAUUGACAUUAUCGACGGUUUCGAGCAGAUGAAGGACCUGCGCUUUGCCUGGAUGACAACCACCGCCCGUUUUGAGGCUAUCUAUGGUGUUCGCUAUGUCAAGCAGACGUUUAGUGAUGCCAAGAAGCGGUGGAACCAGGUACCGCAGGCAUUCCGCGAUAACAUGGUUCUUGGUGGCCGUACUAACCUCGGCUUAUGGGAUUUUGUGACCCAUGCAGUUAGGCUGCGGGGACCAGACUCGGAGGUCAUUGAUGUUGACAAUACCAACAGCUAG